AUGGAGGACGCUCUACCCUCGCUUCUCAUCGAGGUCAUGAUUCGACCCCGCGUCGGCGAUUUUAGAUACACAAACGAUGAAAUGGACGUCAUGCUUGAAGACAUCGCGUCGAUGAAGGACCUUGGCGUUCGAGGUUUCGUGGUCGGCGUGCUGACGGACGAAGGUCGCGUCGACAUCGAGGCUAUGAAGAAGCUGGUGGACACUAUCCUCCCCUUGGAAGUUUGCUUCCACCGCGCAUUCGAUAUGACCAGGGAUCCCGAUGAGGCCUUACGGGAUAUCAUUGAUAUCGGAGGAAUAUCUCGCAUUCUCACAAGUGGACAUGCUCCCAAGGCGCCGGACGCCUUGCCAGUACUAGAAAAGCUCUUCGAUACUGCAAAGUCGCUAUUUGAAGAAGACGUUUGGGGCAUCACCGUAAUGCCCGGGAGCGGUAUCAACCACAAGACGGUCGGCGAAGUUGUCCAACAGCUCCUUCCCAAAGGCCUGCGCGAAAUUCAUCUCAGUGGCGGUCAUUGGGUUGGGAGCACCAUGCAGUUCCGGAAAGAUGGUAUGGGAAUGGCGAUCUCUCCAGAAUACGAAUGGUCGAUAUGGCAAACUCGAGAAAAAGAGAUCAAGAAGGUCAGAUAUGCCGCAGACGUUGCCUGGGAUGAUUACUGGGAUACCAUCAGCGCAGCUGCUGAACAGGAAGAAAUCGAGUCGGAGACGGUCGAUUCCACAACCUGA